CGACGUUUUCAGUAUUAAGAUCCAAUCAUUGUCAGUUCUUAAAGACUAUUGACUUUCUGAAACUGGAAAAAAACGAAUGGCUAAGGACUAUGUUUCCUCUAUUCUGAAAUAUCUGCUUCUGCAUCUUGUCUUCUUGAGUCAGCAACAUGCUGAUUCUGCCUCUAUCGUCAAGUUUCUUCCUUGUUUUGAAGGCCCUCUUCCCUUUGAGCUUGAAACCGGUUACAUUGGUGUUGGUGAGGAAGAGGAAGUGCAAUUGUUCUACUACUUCAUCAAGUCUGAGAGGAAACCUGAAGAAGACCCUCUUCUUCUUUGGCUAAGUGGAGGACCUGGCUGCUCUUCCAUCCAUGGUCUUCUGUUUGAGAAUGGGCCUCUGACUAUGAAGCUUGAGGUGUACAAUGAAACUCUACCUUCGUUAGUCUCUACUACAUACUCAUGGACAAAGACGUCUAGCAUUAUAUUCUUGGAUCAGCCUGUUGGAACUGGCUUCUCCUUCUCAACUCAACUUGUUGAUACACCGAGUGAUUCAGGAGAGGCCAAACGGAUCCAUGAGUUUCUUCACAAGUGGCUAGGUAAGAAUGAAGAGUUUAUUCUCAACCCUUUCUAUGUUGGCGGGGAUUCUUAUUCUGGUAAGGUUGUUCCUGCCGUCGUUCAAGAAAUCUCUAAAGGUAUGUAUGGACACAGAGGAAACAUGAUGGAUGAUACAUGCAAUCAUCAAUGCUUUAAACCUCCCAUAAAUCUUCAGGGUUAUGUUCUCGGUAACCCGGUAACAGGAUCCGAAGUUGACUUAAACAGCCGUAUUCCAUUUGCUCGUGAAAUGACACUGAUCUCUGAUGAGCUCUACGAGUCCCUAAAGAAAAGCUGCAAAGGAAAAUAUGUAAAUGUUGAUCCAGGUAACACAGAAUGCUUGAAACUCGUUGAAGAAUACAACAAGUGUACAAAGACAGUAAACCCAUAUCUUAUAUCAGAACCAUUGUGUGAAACUGAGACUCCAGAUUGCUAUAUCUAUAGGUAUUUGCUAGCUAGCUACUGGGCCAAUGACGAAAGGGUACGCAAAGCUCUUCAAAUCUAUAAGGAGAGUGUAGGAAAAUGGGUACGAUGUAAAUUCGAUAUUCCUUACAUUAAAGACAUUAUAAGUAGUAUACCUUACCAUAUGGAUUACAGCAUCAGUAGCCAUCGUUCUCUCAUCUUCAGUGGUGAUCACGAUAUGGCAAUACCUUACCUUGGAACUCAAGCUUGGAUAAGAUCGCUCAACUAUUCUGUAAUUGAGGACAAGAGGCCAUGGAUGAUCAAUAAUCAGCUCGCUGGAUAUACAACAACUUAUGCAAAUAAAAUGACAUUUGCUACUAUCAAAGGAGGUGGUCAUACAGCAGAGUAUAAACCAGAGGAAAGCUUUAUCAUGUUUCAACGGUGGAUAAAUGGCCAAUCUCUGUAAACAACUAACCUAUAUUUAAACAAGCUCUGUAUACACACAUGAUGUGGUAUUAUUUACCUGUAAUCAUUGAGGUUGUUUGUGUGACGAUGACUUGCCACUUAACAUUGGAGUAUAUUAUAAGAUGAAAAUUUACUUUUAAAA